ACAUAUGAAAAAUCACAUGUGAACACGGCUGUAUAUUAUUGUGAUUUGAUUGUCGCGGUCUUUGGGUUGGAAUUAUGUUUAAAUUCAAUUUUAUUACAGACAAUGACGACAAGGAGAAACCAAAAAACGACGUGACAGAGACAAAAGCUGAACCGAAAUCCGUAAGCAAACAUGACGAAUGCCAUGAAAUAUUUCCAUCAAAAAAGCAAGCCGAAUGUGACUAUUUUGCACCGAAUUUAGUUAGAACUUUAAAAUGCAUUACAUUUCCCAAGCACAAUGUCUAUCAUGUGCCAAUUGAGGAUAUAAUCAGCAAGUUGGUCAAUGAAUUCGAUGAUAUAGGCUGUGCCGAACAGAAUCAUUCUGAUUUAAUUGCAGGCAUCUAUGAAGGCGGUGCCAAAGUAUGGGAAUGCACAGAGACAGUAGGUGACUAUUUAACACGACCAGAUGGAACACAGUGUUUGAUUGAUCAAUUCGAAGAUAGUACGGUGCUGGACUUGGGUUGUGGUGCUGGAAUUCUUGGAAUAUUGGUAUUACAAGCUGGUGCCACAGUUCAUUUUCAAGACUAUAAUAAAACGGUGCUAGAGCACAUCACCAUACCGAAUGUACUUGUGAAUACAAAGUCCAUAGAGAAGCUCAAAGAACGAUGCAGAUUCUACUCUGGUGACUGGUCAAAUUAUACGGAGAACACAGAAGAUGGAAAGAAAUUCGAUUUCAUUUUGACGUCAGAGACUAUUUACAAUGCUGCCAAUUAUGAAAAACUGAUAAAUGUCAUAAAAACUAAACUAAAACCGGACGGAGCAUGUUAUUUGGCAGCAAAACUACAUUAUUUCGGAGUUGGUGGUAGUUUACGGGAGUUCGAACAAACACUUCUAAAAACUGAUAUUUUUAAGUCGGAAACUGUAUUCACGUGUAAUGAUAAUAUUGCAAGGGAAAUUUUAAAAAUAACUUUUAAAUGAUUGAGAGAAAAUUUUAAAAUACAUAUGACUUAUAUUGCGAA